AAAAACCCAGGUGAAACGCUUUAGUAAGGUGAAAAUUAAUGCCUUAAUACUUCGCAGUCCGCGCAUUGGUUUAGGCUACAGAUUGUAUUGUUGUUUACAACUGUGAACUACCUCGAAGGAGAAAUAAAAGUGUAAAGUACAUCAAAGUAAAUGUAUUGGCUGCAGUUGACUCUGUCAAUUCAAUCAUUGUACAGAGAAGGAGACCGUCGGAACUGCAGCGCGUGUCGCAUUAAUUCAGCAGCGCUCAGCGCGAGCUCGUGUGUUGUGUGAAUUACGCGCGAGAGGAGAGUGGACGUGAAUAUUCAGCAGUGGACUCAGAGCUCAGUGCGUAAUACGGAGACGCCGGGAACCCCCCAGUCUACGAAGGAAGACAUGGAAGUUUGCAAAGGACGUUUGCUGGGCGUUUCGGUGGCCGUUGCUCAUGGAUUCUUUUCGGGGUCGCUAAAUAUUUUGUUAAAAUUCCUCAUUACGACCUAUAGCUUCACGUAUCUGACUUUAAUUCAGUGUCUGACCAGCGGCACUGCGGCUCUCACAUUAGAGGUGCUGAGAAGACUGGGCAAAAUAGAUAUACCACCCUUCAGCCUCCAGUUAGUUAAAGUUUUUGCGAGUGUCUGUAUUUUGUCAACUUUACAGUCCACGUUAACCCUCUGGUCUCUCAGAGGACUGAGUUUACCCAUGUAUGUUGUGUUUAAGCGAUGCUUGCCUUUGGUAACGUUAGGGAUUGGAGUGUGUGUGCUGAAGAAUGGGAUCCCAUCACCCGGGGUGAUAACAGCAGUUCUCAUCACAACUGGAGGAGCAGCACUGGCUGGUGCUGGAGAUCUAACAGGUGACCCUUUUGGCUACGUGACUGGCUUUUUAGCUGUGAUUGUCCACGCUUCCUAUUUGGUACUCAUCCAAAAAGUGAGUGCAGACAGUGAUUAUGGGCCACUCACAGCCCAGUACACCAUUGCAGUGGUGGCUUCUCCUGUUCUCUUCAUCUGUUCCAUUGUAAGCAUGGAUGCCAUUGAGAUGUGGACAUAUGAAGGUUGGAAGAACCCGUAUAUCACAGGAAUCUUCUGUACCUGCAUCCUCAUUGGCUGUGCGAUGAACUUUACCACACUGCACUGCACCUAUAUCAACUCGGCUGUCACCACCAGUUUUGUGGGGGUGGUCAAGAGUAUAGCUACUAUCACUGUGGGCAUGCUGGCAUUCAGUGACGUGAUGCCAACUAAACUGUUCGUGGCAGGCGUGGUAGUCAACACUAUCGGCUCCAUCACCUACUGUGCGGUGAAGUAUCAUGAAGCCAAAAAGAAGCUGGCCUACCAGGAUAUGGAUGAGUCCACUAAAAAUGAAGAACUUCCAGGUGAACCUUAUGUGGAACCUGCCAAGCCUGAUGGAGAUACGGAAACUGUUCCAAAUGGUCUGGAGAAUGUUCCCAAUGGCAGCCUGGUGGCAUCAGCUGAUGGCUAUGACCAGGGUCCCAUUCGUGAGAAUAAAGUGGCAGAGUCCAUAGAAUUAGAUAGACCGGGGAUCCCAUCAGAGGAUCCUACGAGACAAUCUCUGAGCGACAGUUAUGUAGGGGUCUGGAGAUCCAUUCGCACCUUAAAGUUCCUUAAGAAAGACCCUUUACUUGAUAAUAUGGAGGUCCAAAGUCCUUGAUGAUUGGUUUCCCGCUCGACAGAAGUGCAUGUUAAUUGUUGAAGUAUUGUUGAAAACUGAUGGUGUGAACAAUGUCUGCCUUUUUCUCUCCAGAACAUGAUUUUAUGAAAAACUUGUAUUUUUUUAUAAAAUAAAAAAAGGUAUAGUCUGUUUGUACAUUAGAGGGAGUAUAAUCACAUGACAUUGAGGAAUCCCCUGUAACUGAUGUGCCAAUUUACUGACUUAAAAUAAAAGAUCCUUAUUUUAGGAUCAGUUUGACUUUUGGGGGGAAAAAAAAUCUUAAUAGGGAUAAUCCACCCAAAAUUGAAAGUUCUGUCAUCAUUUACUCACCCUUAUAUCGUUCCAAACCUGUGUGACUUUCUUUGUUCUGCUGAAGAAUGUUGGUAACCAAACAGUUUCCGUUCCCAUUGACUUCCAUUAUAUGGACAAAAAAUACAAUGGAAGUCAAUGGGAACCAAAACUGUUUGGUUACAAACAUUCUUCAAAAUAUCUUCUUUUCUCUUCCACAGAAGAAAGAAAUGCAUACAGGUUUGGAAUCACAUGAGGGUAAAUUAAAUACAGAAUUUUCAUUUUUUGGGUGGAGUAUCCAUCCCUUUAAUUUAAUUGGAUUGAUUUUAUUUUGAAUGAUUAUUUAUGUUUCUAUGCACGCAGUGUCUGUGCCUGUAUACUGUGUUUUGUCUACGAAUGCAAUUCUUGAAUAGGAGGCAUUGAAUUUUCCCAUUUGCAUGUAGUAUGCGGAAUUAAUUUAAACUGAUUUUACAUAAAGAUUAUGAUCUUCGUGUAUCAUCUUUAAAAACAUGCACCCACCAACUUUGAUAAAACUGUUCAUUCAUUUAAAAUGACCCUUCCAACCAUCUGGGAUACCAACCAUCUUAACAAAACAAUAUAGAGUUGGAGAUACUUUAUAACAAUGGUUCACAAUUGGUGGGUCAUAAUCCAGAAAUGGGAAUGGGAAUUCUGACAACUGGGACAAAAAAAAAAAUCAACUAAACUUAAUAAUGUGCAGUUAAGACAGCAAAAUAAUGAAAGCAAAAUGAAUCGAUUUUUAAUAUGGAGGGGAAAAUGCUACUUAUUUUCGUUGUAUUUUGCCAAAUUAAGCAGAUGUCAACAUUGACGGGUUGUGUGCCGUGCCUUCAAUGUCUCAAUAAGCAUUAAUGCAAGGUAAAAGAAAAUAUGAUCUUAAAUACAGAUUCUCUUGCAUCAAGGAUAAAUAUGGUUUGAGCCAUCCAUCAUGUAUUUUGUGUGCUGUGGAUUAUUGUCUGUCAAGAAUAUGAAAUCAAGAGACAAGAAAAAGACAAAGCCUUUUGGGGAUCUGACCAUGUCAGAACAAAUAAUCGACAUAUAGUUCAGUGUUUGCAACAUUUUUGUUUACUUUUGAGCAAUAAAAAAUGCCACUUGCCACUU